CUGCACCAGCUCUCUUGCCCAGUAUAACCAGAAAAUGUUUUUUCUUGCAAUUCUGCUGUUUUCCUACUCUCAAAUGUCUCAGCAGAUACAGAAAACUACUGCAAAUGGCAAAGAGAUGGUGUCCAAUCCCAAGCUUGUACUGGUUCAGGGGACUUUGAAUGUGGUGAUGAAGCAGAAUGUGACCCUCUCCUGCCUCUCUGAGCCUGGAUCUCCACCUGUCAGAUACACACUGUUCAAGCACAACCAGCAGGUAUCUGCUUCAAACAGGUCAGACUGGAGCCCUGCACUGUUCACCCUGACCAUCAGCUCUGCCAGCGAUGUGGGGGAAUACAAGUGCAAAGCUGAGUAUAACAACUCCAGCGGUGGAAAAUACAGCAACAGCCUCAACUUCACCCUCCUAGAGCCAAUUUCCAAGCCAGUGCUGAGCUCACCCACCUCUCAGGCAAAGAAAGGCCAGAACGUGACCCUGUCCUGUUUCUCAGAGAACGGAUCCCUUCCCAUCACAUAUCUGUUCUUCAAAGGAACACAAAACAUUUCUCCCCAAAAGACAAUGCAGAAGAGGGAAGCAGCUGUGAUUUUUCUAUUUAUCAAUUCCCAUAGUGACUUUGGAACCUAUAAAUGCAAAGCUAAUAACAGUUUUCCCAAUAAUACAAAAUACAGCAACAGUUUCAACUUUACAGUAGCAGAAGAGAGAAGCCAUUUUCAGCCCCUGAUAAUUUCACUUGGGCUGAUCCUGCUACUACUUAUAAUAGGACUUGCUCUGGCAAUUCCAUUUUUCCUAAUUCCUUUGUAUAACGCAAAAAAAUUUAAGUCUACCAGGCCCUCAAUUGGCCUUACUUCAACACUGAAUGCAGAGGAGUCUGAAGAUGAAGUAAUAUACUCAGAGAUUGAGCCUGUUAGACCAGAAGAAGAAUACAUCAACUUCUCCGUUAUUAGAAGAGAAGAGGAAAAAGCAGGGAAGAGGCCAUGUGCUACAGUCUAUUCAAAGGUCCUCAUCAGAGACUGAAUACCAGCUGGACUACUCCAUUCUCUAGAGUGCCAUCACUUAUCAAGACCAUGAAGGGAAUACUCAUCUCAUCGUACCUGCAGAGAGAGGAACCCACCUGUUACUGUUUUUGGUGCGUGGAAAAAAUCAGAUAACUUACAUACAAAUGACCAUAAACUGUACAUAUUUAGUUUUGCUGUAUUGCACUAAGUCUGGUGUGACACCUCCAGUUUUCUUGUUGCCAUUCCUUGCUUUCCUGAUUACAUGUCUUCAAAUUACUUAGCUGCUUUAGUAUAUAAAAAUAAUCUUAUUUAGUAACCUAUUAAAAGAGUAUUUUUCUACAAGCAGAAUUUAUCUUUGUUUUACUGCACAUGAACAAGAGGUUGCAUCUAUUUUCUCUCAGAAAAAAACAUUCAUCACUAUGCUCAAGAUGCUUUGACAUGAGGAGUCAUAUGCCCCAAUCCUCUCCUGAUCAACAAAUCAUAAUGAAGCCCCCAAAUGGAAUAGCUGUUUUUAUAUCCACAAACAGUUCAUCACAUCACUAAUGGCAGUGGUUCCAGACUUGGAAGAACUGUCAAGUUCAAGACUAGACACAGUGGGUUGUUUGAAAGAGUGCUUAAGAAUGAAACACAGAACCAGACCAGAUGCAAAAAUGGGGGUGAGGGUGGGAAACAGUUCUGCAAGCUUACAAGUCAUCUGAAGAAAUUUGUUUUUUACAUGCAAGUUUUUAAAAGGCAUUUUACAGUUCCAGGGAAAUAACAGUAACAUGGGAAAGGCUUCUAUUUCACUUAAUUUAAAAAUUAUCUGAUAUAUGCUUUUCAUAAUAAAACUACUUGAAUCCAAGUCUGUAGUUUGGGAUCCACACCUUCAAUCAGUAACUGUACACAAUGACUUCCUACUGAAAAAAGGAAUAUUUACAGCAGUCCACAGAAAGUCAUCUUUGACCUUCAUAGUUUAA